UUUCAUCUCUCUCUCCCUCUCCUUCUCUCUCUCACCACACUCUCAGUCACUGAGCUCUAACGAAUGGGGAUACACCGCCAAGGAGGACUUAGGGGUGAGAAGAGUGUGUUUCUUUUCUUCUCUGGUGUGUUUUCGUUCUCUUCCGCCUGGCUUCCCUCAUGAGCUGUUAAUUCCAGCCCUGGUCCUGAGGAUGAGGAGGAUCUAUUUGUGAGGAAGACACAACAAAGGAAGAGAGAACAAGGAGCAACAGGGUGGCAAAUUCUGCAAGCAGGAGUGAGCAAGAAGAUCUUUUCUUUUCCUCCAGGCUCAAGCAAGGAGCCCUGACUCUAAGCAGCAGCCAUGUGAGAGAAGCUGUCAGCGAGCAGAGGAUGCCCACGUCCAGCUAAAACAGAACAGCCCUUCCCCCCUUCCCCUCCCUCUCCCCCUACCCUCCUGCUCCCUUCACUUCUUCCCACAUGAGGACAGGAAGAUGACUAUCUCCAGCCGGCAGUCCUUCAAUGUCCUGACGGUCAUCUUCCUCCUGCUGUCCACUGCAGCCCUCUCAGCUCAUUACCGAGUGUGUGAACCCUACUCUGACCACAAAGGGCGGUACCACUUUGGCUUUCACUGCCCACGACUCUCAGACAACAAGACCUACAUGUUCUGCUGCCACCACAACAACACCGCCUUCAAGUACUGCUGCAACGAGACCGAGUUCCAGCUGGUCAUGCAGGUCAACCUCACCACCACAUCUGAUGGUUAUGCACACAAUAAUUAUACAGCCCUGGUUGGUGUGUGGAUCUACGGCUUCUUCGUAAUGGUGCUGCUGGCUCUGGACUUUCUCUACUACUCAGCCAUAAACUACGAGCUGUGCCGGAUCUAUCUGGAGAAAUGGGGUCUGGGGGGACGCUGGCUGAAGAAGGCUCGGAGUCAGUGGCACAGGUCCAUGCCGGAGGAGAGCGAAGCCCAGGCUCAAGCCCAGCCCAUGGUCCCCAGCCACUUCCAGCCCAGACACAGCCUCAGAGGGGAGAGCCACAGCCCUACGCUCCUUCCCUACAACACAUCCACUGCAUGAAUGAUGCUGCGGGUGGAUAAACUGAAGAGUAGCAACACCUGGCUUCCUUACAUGGUACAGAGGAGAUGUUCCCCAGUCACCCCUCUCUGGACCACAAACACAGCAUCACUGGUGGGCUAGCCAUACCGUAGUAGCUAGAAGUGACUACUGCCCCUUUCUAAUGAGCACAAAAUACCCACGGACUAACAGAAGCAGGUGAAAUAGCUGACAAAAGCCUGCAAAGCCACACAGAGGAAUGUAUUGCUGCUGCUACAGCAGAGGAGAGAUGGAGGCAUUUAUCUGCUUAUAGGGUUUAACCGAUCCCCUAAAGUGUCUGCCAAAGGCCUGGAGUACCCCAAACAAAUCCAAGCUGAACUGGAUAAACUGUACUUGCAAGUGAGAAAGCUUGCCUGUUAAAAAAAAAAAAAGAAGAAGAAAAGAAAAGAAAAAAAAAAGAAAAAAGCUUCUUUCUAGAUAUAAAAUGUUUAUUAAACUGCUGUGUCACUUUGUGUUCAGUAGCAGUUAGACACAGUUGUGGGUUAUCUAUUUGGUGAUUUAUUUAUGUGAACUAGUCAGAGAAAUACAUGAGUGGCUAACAAUCUGAAUAUGUAAUGGCUUAGGUUGAUGCUGAGCAUCUCACUUAGAGUAGAAUGUUUUUGUUACCUACUGAAACCAGACUAAAUGCCUCUGCAGCCACGUUGAAAAACAAAUACCUUUGUGUAAAAAUGUUGUUGGUCUCCUUUCUGCAAAACAAGUAAUUUCUUUAAACAGUUUCCGAAAGGGACGUAACGCCAUAAAGUUAAACUGCCGAAGCUCUAACACGAGGGUUUUCUCUCUUCACACAAACAUUAAUGAGGAUCAGGGAUGCCUUCACAACAGCCACAGUCUUUAUGCUAAUUUAAACAUAUCCUUAUCCCUUGGCAGUGAGUCUACAGACUUAAUUGAAACCCUUACUUAUAAAAUUACGAGUGUGUUACAGUUUUCCAUAACAUCACCCGCUGACCUAUUUGACCUUCCUCAUUACUAGGGCUGCCUGAGAUCAGCUUCAUUAGCAAUAUGAUGCAAAAUAAUAUCCAUUACUUUCUUUAUAUGAAGUGUUCCAUAUCCCACAUUGGUAACAGGUAACUGUAAGUAACUAGCCAUAAUAGAAAAUGUUUCCAAAAGAAAUAUCAGUUAAGCCCCCUUCACUGCCAGCAAUAAUGUACAGUAGCCUAACCGAAGGAUGACAUGGUAUGUAAAUUUCAGUCAGAGCCAGUUAAAUGAGCAAUGGAUAAUCACUGAGGUGUAUCACAGAAAUUUUGGCUCCAUUUGCAUAUGAUAAGAAGGUGAUGUCAGUGAAAUGGAGAUACAAUAUUUCUUUUUUUUGUGUCACCUCUAUAAGACAAAAGACUGAGUAUUUCUGACUAAAGGAAACUCUUGCACACUCUCAGCAUAUUUCCUAGUCCAAACUGUCAUCUUUUCAAACAGUCACUGAUAACAUAUUUAUUUAAAUUCUUUGUUUUAUUUAACCUCAGCCAAAACCAAGGAGGGAGUUAAUAUGUGGAAUUUGGGAUUGACAAAAAAGUGAAGCAAUUAUUAAACUGUUUAAGAUAUGGCUGCAACUAAAGAUUUUUAUUUAAUUAUUGAUGAAUCUGCCUAUUACUUUAUCACCAGAUGAAUGAAUUGCUUGGUCUGUGUUUCAGAAAAGUGAAAAUAAUGAAUUUAUCAAUAUUUAACUGUCACAAUGGACAAAGAAAAGCAGCAAAUCUCACAUUUGGAAGAUGAAACUAAGGGAAUGUUGGUCAUGUUUGUUUUCAAAAUCAAUAAAUGAGCUGAUUGGGUUUGGGGGAAAAGCAAGCAAAGCAGGUGCUGGUGCCAGUUUUUAAAUGAGUGACAGUGUGUGAAGACCAGGUGAACAGGAGGUAG